AUGGAGAACGAGUUCCAGGAUGGCAAGGAGGAGGUCAUCCAAGCAUGGUACAUGGAUGACAGUGAAGAGGAUCAGAGGCUUCCUCACCACCGUGAGCCCAAAGAGUUCAUUCCUCUUGCCAAACUUUCAGAAUUAGGUGUUGUAAGCUGGAACCUAAAUGCUGAUAACUGGGAGAAAGACGAGAAUCUCAAGAAAAUCCGUGAGGCCAGGGGAUACUCCUAUGUGGACAUCUGCGACGUAUGUCCUGAGAAAUUGCCAAACUAUGAGGCCAAGCUGAAGAAUUUCUUUGAAGAGCACUUGCAUACUGAUGAGGAGAUACGCUAUUGUCUUGAGGGCAGUGGAUACUUUGAUGUGAGGGACCAAAAUGAACAGUGGAUCCGUAUAGCAGUUAAGAAAGGUGGCAUGAUUGUUUUGCCUGCAGGAAUGUAUCACCGCUUUACAUUGGAUAGUGACAACUACAUCAAGGCAAUGCGGCUCUUUGUGGGAGAGCCUAUCUGGACGCCUUACAAUCGUCCCCAUGACCAUCUCCCAGCUAGAAAGGAGUAUGUCGACAAGAUUAUCAACAGAGGUGGGAACCAAACCGUCGAAGCUCGUUGA